AAUCUGAUGGUGGGCUGUUCCUUCUUCAAUGUCUCCUUGUCACCGUCAUCCUCUCGUCUCUGCACCAUUAAUUUCUUUGAGGUAUUACAAUGCCAGUACUGGAGAGGCUCUGGGGUCCAGAUAUCAGGAUGCAGGACUCUGGUCUCGGUGUCGAGCUCUGUCCCGACGAGCCUCCUGGCUCUCGAGUGUGGACUCCUCCUGUUACUUGUGCUGGCCUGUCGCUGGCCCUGGAACUUCCCACUCUGAUCCGACAGCUCAGGGCGGCCUGGAGAACUCGCAGGGGAGACCCUCGGGGGCCGAAGAGAAGUGAAGGCAGCAGUUGGGUGAAAGACGAGCAGGAGGAGGUUGACGAGGUCAAAGAGAUCAAGCAGUGCACAGAAAACAGCAAUACACAUGUGGAAGCUGAUGGCAGGCUGAACGCUGGUCAUGCUGGUGUGUUGCUGGCUGAGAGACGAGGUUCUUACCCGCCGAUUGACCUGCGGAUCCUAAAGACAAAUUCACGGCCAGGGGAGGUCGAGUCCGGAACAAGGAGAAAGCUGAAGCGUCUGUUGAGCUUCCAGAGAUACUGCCAUGCCUCCAGGUUGUUGAGGGGAUUAAUGCCUCACACUCCCGGGUCCCUGCACUUGCUGGAUGAUGACUACUUGGGACAGGCAGCUCACAUGCUCUCAAAAGUAGACACAUGGAACUUUGACAUUUUCCUCUUUGAUCGUCUUACAAAUGGUAACAGUCUUGUGACUCUGAUGUGCCAUCUCUUCAAUGUUUGUGGAUUGAUUCACCACUUCCAGCUGGACAUGGUUAAACUACACAGGUUUCUUGGAAUGGUGCAGGAAGAUUACCAUUCCCACAAUCCAUAUCAUAAUGCUGUUCAUGCUGCUGAUGUUACUCAAGCCAUGUACUGCUACAUAAAAGAGACUAAGCUGGCAGAGCUGCUGACUCCUCUGGAUGUGUUCCUGGGUCUGAUGGCAGCAGCAGCUCAUGACGUGGAUCACCCCGGAGUCAACCAGCCUUUUCUCAUUAAAACCAGACACCACCUGGCAUCCCUCUACCAGAACACUUCGGUGCUGGAGAGCCACCACUGGAGAUCCACCGUGGGCAUGCUCCGAGAGUCUGCUCUGCUGAGCCACCUGCCGGCUGACAUGUCCCAGGAUAUAGAGCAGCAGCUGGGUUCUCUCAUCUUGGCUACAGACAUCAACAGACAAAACGAAUUCUUGAUAACUCUCCGAGAGCAUCUGGACAACCAGGAUAUGGACCUUCAGCUGGCUGCACACAGGCAUUUCAUACUCCAGAUUGCCCUGAAAUGCGCUGAUGUGUGUAAUCCAUGUCGGGAGUGGGAGCUGAGCAGGCAAUGGAGUGAGAGAGUGUGUGAGGAAUUUUAUAGGCAGGGUGACCUGGAAAGGAAAUUUGACUUGGAGAUCAGUCCUUUGUGUGACCAACAGACAGACUCUGUGCCAGCCAUCCAGAUUGGUUUUAUCUCCUACAUCGUGGAGCCUCUGUUUGAGGAGUGGCAGCGCUUCACUGAGCCCAGCAUGCUCAGCCAAAUAAUGAUGGGGCACCUGCACAAGAACAAGGCUUGCUGGAGUCGACUCAGAUAUGUACACACACUUGCAGAAGCAAAAACUCACCCCCAUGCCGAAGAGCCUGAGCCUGAAGGAGAACAAGAGGAGGCAGAGGGCAUCCCAUAAUGUCUCUCUUGUUGCUCUGAUGGUUUUUAAUCUCCAGCAUACAUGGAGGGGAGACGUUUUAAUCCAAAUCCAUGUUUAUUCUCCAGCACGUUUGUUUCCACAGCUCGUUGCCCUUACAGUGGGAGCACUGGAAGGCAGUGUGGCCAGGAAACAAGAAGUAUAGCUCCCCCUGGUGGAGCUGUUGUUGAAUGUAGCAUUGCAGGAGAUAAAGAAUUGAAAGUGGAUUCAUUGAGGAGCAGAAUGAUCUUAGUAAGAAAAACAAAUGUGGACCUGCUUUCGUUUGUAACUUUGCGCUCAAAUAGAACGAAAAGGCUAACGAGUCAACAUGUGUUAGCGAAGGGUUCAGAUGUGAAUUUUAACACGAGUUUAGUUGGCAUAAUAGUGAUAAGAACAAUAAAAAUGAGACGUGUAUAUAAAAGCCAGCUGGACUUUGCUGAAAAAAUAUUAUAGAAUAACAAUCUCCUCACAUCCUUCAUUGUUUUUAAAAUUUAAAAAUGCUUGCACUCUUGUACGUUUUUUCAUGUCUUUAUCUCACUUGUCUACCUUUCACUGAAGUGCGUUUUUAACUCUAUGCUUUGAGUCGUUAUGUCGAGGUACUGUACACUUUAACAUCCAGCAUGUUCUCGGUGUGAGGCUGACUCAGAUCAUCAAUUUAAAUAAUGAUUCACACUAAAAGUGGCUUAGGUCAGUGUUGCCGGCUUGAUGUUUCAUUGUUGAGCUGAAUCACCAACUUGAAGAGCCAAAUAGAAAAA